CAUCACUUCCCAAGUCUCAACUUCAUUUGUCCUCCAGCAACUCCACUCAUAACAGUGAUCAUGGCUCCGAGGAAGUCAAAGAAUGGCUCAAAAGUCAAGAAAAAGAAAUCUACAAACAAGGUAUCUAAGAUCAAGGCUAAGAAACCACUGAAGAACACUGUUCGCAAGACACUGCGAAGCACCCUGAAGCAAGAUCUAGCUGAGGCCGAAGUAUCCCCUAGAUCCGCGACUAGUUUCCUUGAUCUUCCAGGAGAAAUUCGCAAUGAGAUCUAUGGGCUUGCGCUUACAGAUCUGAACGGCGAAAUCAGCAUUGUAUCGGGAUUGUCCAACCAUAGUUCAGCUGCUGUCGAUUACUACGGUGCAGUACAACUUCUUCGUAUCAACAAGCAGAUACUUCGAGAGGCUAGGCCGUUCCUUUAUGGCAAGCACCGCAUGCAGUUAUAUACAUAUCAGCCACGCUCCUUCUUCAAAGCCAUCGGGACUAUCAAUGCCAAUCACAUUCGUCAUAUUGAGGUCUUCCACUACCCCAAACAGCGGGCUUAUGGCCACUCCUUGGAGUCUUCUCCUCUACUACCUUUCUACAGCCGCGUUUGCAGGAACCUCGAGACAAUUCGCUUGGCUUCCUGGUAUUUCUGGUGGAUUAUUCGUCGUGACCCUGUCAACGGGUUUCGUAUGAUCCAUAAGUGCUGUGCACAGGUACUAGGUCAGCACAAUUCCCUCAAAGAAAUUCACAUCAGGGCGCCUGAAGAUUGGAGCUCAGUGCCAGCGAUGGUAUACUUGAGGGGGGUAGAAUUUGGAAACAAGGUCAUGAUUGAGCUCGAGGAAGAGAUGGUGAAGCUUGGAUGGAGUCGCCACGUCCUUGAUAUCGAGGGCAGUCAGGGAUAUGGGCAGCACUAUGAAUGGCGACUUCGAGGCGAAGCAUGGGUUUCUAUCAGACAUACCCGUUCUUAUGCCGAUGGCUCAAUUUAA